AAACGAGCAAACACCUUUAACAAGACAAAAUGGUUGUCUAAUGUUUACAGCUCAGGCAGAGUCUGUGAUGCGAUUGUCAAUGAAUCUUUCGACUGCUUAGCAGCGCCAAGGGAUAAAACCCUUGAAAAUCAAACUAAAAACUUGUCGUCUUAAAGAUUUUCCCAACUGACAGACGGUGUUUUCUGGGACUUUGAUUCUGGUGUGCUGCGACAUUACACACACCUGGCCUGGACUCCCAACUCCAGUAGAUCCAGUGGACACUGGACCUGUCUGUGACGUAGUGUGAGAACCUCUACUUCCUGACAGAAUGUGUCCAUGUGACUGUCGCAGCACGCUGUGUUGAUCUGUGGCGGUGAGGUGAGGCGUGGACUGGGAUGGAGCCGAGUUUACCUGAGCUGACGCGGGCUAGCCCCAGUCCUAGUCCCAGCCAUACCGUGUCAGGGGAGGUGGGAGGGAGAGGACCACCCAUCACUAUCAAUGAACUGGUUCAGCUGGCUCAUAUCGGUAUCCCAAACACUCAAGUCACUUGGUCUAGGGUGACCAUGACCUCUGACAAGUGGAUCGCCGUACGGCAUGACAAUCGCACAGACCUAUCAGCUAAAAGAGCUGUGGUGACUGUACUGAGUCCCAUAGAAGGAACAAUUUCGUAUGCGGGAUCCACCAGUGCUGACUCUGUCUUGAUGAACCAGUCGCAACCUCUUAUUGCAUUGAAAGCGGGCCAGAGGUUUGAGGUGUUCAAUCUGGACACCAAAGAGCUGAUCAGUAAGAUCAAGUUCCACGAGUUGGUCAUCUUCUGGACGUGGCUGACCACCGACGUCAUCGCCAUGGUUACAGACAGUGCUGUGUAUCACUGGAGUAUACACAAAGAAACAGCGCCGACAGAACAGGUGUUUUUACGUCACAAUCGACUCGCCUUCACAGAGAUUGUCAGUUACAAAGCUGAUCCCAGUCUGAAAUGGCUAGCUCUCACAGGACUUACUCCAGAGGAUGAACGUAUCUCCGGAGUGACCCAGCUGUACUACGUAGAUGAAGAGAUCACACAAUGUAUCAGCGCCCACGCUGUCUGUUUCUCCAGCUACCACUUCCCCGGCAACCCCUACCCCUCCACUGUCUUCUGUGUCAGCUCAAGGGAGGCUCAGGAUCACGGCAAGGUACAUGUGAUAGAGCUGGGCCCCUACAAAACUGGAAACUUUGCCCCCCGUAACUGCUACGACCAUCUGCACUUCUUGGAUGAUUUGGAGCGCUAUGACUUUCCCAUCUCGCUACAGAUCUCUGUGGAGUACGGGCUCCUGUUUGUGGUGACCAAAUACGGCUACCUGUACAUGUGUGACAUGGAGACCGCCAUGUGUCUGUGCUGUACACGUGUAGCCAUCGACGUCAUCUUUGCCUCCGCCCUCAACACAACCACACAGGGGAUUCUGGCUAUCACACGAGGGGGACAGGUCAUCACGGUAGAUCUGAAGAAGGACGGCUUCAUCUCGUACUUAAGGGAACAGGUUCGAACCGCUUACAGGGCAAACCGGUUUGAAAAAGUCAUCUGUCCGUAAUGUUCGCAUUUUUUGUCUAACCAUGUUGCUUUUUACACGCAGUGCACCUUUGAUGCUAUACUAUUAGUCUGUUGUUUUUGUGGGGGUUUUUUUUGUUAUUUUUCUUUUUUGCUUGUGCUUAAAACAAUAAGAUUUUUUUCUGUAUCUUGUGUCUAGAUACGUCUCGCUCCUCCUAGUCUUCACAAAUCUGCUAUUUAAAGUAUGGAAUUUUAUUUUUACUUAUUGGCUGGUCGAAUGCUUUUUGUUUGACAUUAUAUAUGUUUGUGUGAAAAGUCAAGCUCAGCGAUAUUUGAAAGGUUCUCUGAGUGAAGGUACGGUCAGAGGAGAGGGGAGGGGGGAUGGCGUGGUGAGGUGGGAGGAGGUUGAGGGGGUGGAGACCUCUCAUGGGUAUGUUCUGAUUUUUUCUCCAUGGUCACAAGAUGCAAAAUUAAGAACUUUAUUUUUCUUCUCAUAAAAUUGCAUUAAAUUGUAAGUUGGAUUGUAAAAGUAAAAGUAAAGUGUAGCCCCCCUCCCCUCCUUCAUUUCAAACUGUUUGACCUAGUGUGCAACACUGGGAUUCACAGUGGGAAUUAGAGUUACAUCUUACUGGAAUGGGAAAUGGCACCCUUGGGAGUUGUACAUUACUUUUACGUUUUAGAUUCGGUUUGUGGAGGUCAUGACCAAUUUUUUUUUUGUCUUUGUUAUUUAUUUUUAUUGAAUUUGUUAAAUUUUUGCUCCGUUUUUGUAAUUUUUUGACAAUGUUGAAAAAAAA